UCCGUGGCGAACCAAUCGCAACUACUACCUCGCACUCUCCUCCGACGACGACGAAUGCCGGACCAGAAGAGACCGGCCGGCCGGCGGGCGGAGGAGCCAAUGGAGGGCGCCUGCGAGAUCGCGCGCCUGCCGGAGGAGCUCCUCUCGGCGGUGCUGGCCCGCACGACCCCGCGCGACGCCUGCCGCGCAGCCGCCGUCUCCCCGGCCUUCCGCGCCGCGGCGGGCUCGGACGCCGUCUGGGCCGCCUUCCUGCCCCCCGGCGGCCUCCCGCCGCUCGCCGACGGGGAGCCGCAGAGCCCCGCCCUGCCCUCGUCCAAGAAGGAGCUCUUCCUCCGCCUCUCCGCCGGCCCUGCCCUCCUCCACGACAGGCUCGUGAGCGUGUGGCUGGACAGGGAGACCGGCGCCAAGUGCUACAUGCUGUCCGCCAGGAAGCUGUCCAUCGUGUGGGUGGAUACGCACUGGGCCUGGAUCCCACUCGAGGACUCCAGGUUCUCCGAAGGUGCUGAACUCGAGGACGUUUGCUGGUUUGAGAUCCACGGGAAGAUACAUAGCAAGAUGCUCUCCCAAGACACAACCUAUGCCGCCUACAUGGUCUUCAAGAUGGCCGAUUAUUACUACGGGCUGAAUUUUCCUGCUCAGGAGGCAUCGGUCAGUUCCGGAGCAACCAACUUGACCCGCGAGGUUUGCCUACAAGCUGGCGAGGCGGACGAGAAAACGCAUUACGACGAGGGCGAUGACGAUGAGUCCGACGAGGAGGAGGAGGAGGACGUCGACGAGUACUACCGGUCGCUGACGAACCGGCGCGUAGUUCACGAAGAGAAUGUCACGCUCCCUCAGAGAAGAGCCGACGGGUGGAUGGAGCUGGAGCUGGGCGAGUUCUUGAGCGAGGGGGGCGACGACGGCGAGGUAUCCAUCAGCCUUAUGGAGACCAAAAGUGGGAAGUGGAAGAGUGGCCUCAUUGUGCAGGGCAUCGAGAUCAGAUGUAAGAAAUCGGGCUGAGCGGGGCGCUCCCAGGAUUCAUUCAACUUGCCCGGGUCAAAAGUAAAUGAAUAAUAAGGAAAAGCAUAUUUUCUGUAAUGUAUGUUUUUGAACACUUCUCCUUUUGCUGCUAAUUCUGCGCGCAACUUCUUGUACAAAUGACUCAUGAGUGACAGACAUUUGGUUUGUUAUACAAUAAGUUGAUUCAGACGUUGGUGGCGCUUUGGUUUUAGCAGCUUUGCAUUUGGUUAGGUUGAGAUCCUUGUGUCUAGUGGCUACUUCGCAUCUG